UGAGAGGGUGUUGGGUGCGUGAGAGGGUUAGAUUUUUGUUUUUGAAUGCAACAUGCUAUCAUAAUUCGAAAUGAAUAAUAGUUAAAAGGUAGAAAGCUUGCAUAUCAGAACAUGUUUCAUUUGUGUAAUAUAGUUUGGCUACACUUCAUCUUAUGAUUUUCGUGAAUGCGAUAUUUUGCCCAUUGACAAUAUCGACUUUUUAAGGUCGACUUUAAUUUUCGAGGGAAAUUGGCCUUCUUAAUUCCCCAAGUCCUAACCUAAAAUAAAAUCUGAGUCUGAGGAGCUUUAGUAAUGAACUUGGCAUUAGGGAUUUUGAAAUAUAAUCCGUAGGUUGCAUAUUCAAAUCUUCUUUUAUACAGAUUUAUUUUAUGAUUUGUCACUUCAUCAUAAUAUUUUGUGGAACAUCUGGUUUAUUACUCCUAGUUGUAGAGAGCAAGCAGUUUCGAUUUACAUGCAGUGACUAGCUGUAUACAAAUAUGAAUCUUGAACUUUUAGAAUCGUUUGGACAGAAUUAUCCAGAGGAGUUUGAUGGAUCCUUGGACUGCAUCUCUCUCGCAGUCACUUGCUCCUUCAAUAAGCGAGGAACUUUACUCGCUGUUGGAUGUAAUGAUGGACGUAUUGUGAUUUGGGAUUUUUUAACAAGAGGCAUUGCAAAAAUUAUAAGCGCACACAUGCAUCCAGUUUGCUCCAUCAGUUGGUCGAGAACCGGGCACAAACUGCUCAGUGCAUCAACUGACAAUACUGUGUGCGUUUGGGAUGUUAUGAGUAGUGACUGUGAACUGAAAUAUAGAUUUCCAUCGCCAGUCCUACAGGUUCAAUUCCAUCCAAGAAAUACGUCAAAAUUUCUGGUUUGUCCCAUGAAACAUGCAGCUGUAAUUGUGGAAACAGAUGGACAUCAUAAAGUUGUGCCUUUGGAUGAUGAGAAUGACUUGUCUAUUGUUGCUUCUUUCGACCGAAGAGGUACCUAUGUAUAUACUGGUAAUUCUAAAGGGAAGAUUCUUAUACUAUCGAUGCCAGAUUUAGAGGUGAAGGCAUCUUUCAGGAUAACAGCCAGUGCAUCUGCUGUGAAGAGCAUUGAAUUUGCUCGGAGAGGAGAAUGCUUCUUGGUGAACACUGCUGAUAGGAUAAUCCGAGUAUAUAACAGUCAAGAUGUUCUAUCUGCUGAGAAAGGCACUGAUCCUGAACCUAUCCAAAAACUGCAAGAUUUAGUUAAUAAAACUAUGUGGAAAAAAUGCUGUUUUUCUGGCGAUGGUGAAUAUGUUUGCGCAGGUUCUGCAAGGCAACAUGCUUUGUAUAUUUGGGAGAAGAGUAUUGGAAAUCUGGUCAAAAUUCUGCAUGGCCCCAAAGGAGAAAUUCUGCUUGAUGCAGUUUGGCAUCCCGUACGUCCGAUAAUCGCAUCGAUCUCAAGCGGCCUUGUCUCUGUGUGGGCGCAAAACCAAGUGGAGAACUGGUCAGCUUUCGCGCCCGACUUCAAAGAAUUGGACGAGAAUGUGGAAUAUGAAGAGCGCGAGUCCGAAUUCGACAUCAGCGACGAAGAUAGAUCAGUAACAGCUGGAUCAGACAAGAUCGAUGAGGACCUGCAGGUCGAUGUGGUCAGUGUAGAACCUGUUCCGGCUUUCUGCAGCUCCGAUGAGGAAAUAGAAGAGGACAGUGUGUUGCAGUUCUUGCCAAUCGCCCCCGAGGUUGAGGAGCCUGAGGAGGGUGCAGCUGCUGCCCUCAAUCUGCCCAGUCACGACAGUACUGAAUCCGAUAAAAAGCCCAAACAUGUGUAUGAUAUCAAACUGCAGAGCUCUGUAGAAGAACAACAUCCAUUACUGAGCGUCAAAGGUGAAAAGCGUCAAACGUAUGGAGCCAAGAAAAAUGCUACCAAGAGGAAAUUCAACCAGUGAAUAGAUAUUAUGGGUCCAGUUCCUUAUCAUUUCUAAAACUAUUAUAUGAGCCAUUUAAAAGACAAGAAAUCUCAUAAAUGAUUUAGAAAUAUUUUUGUCCAUGAAUUAUUUGUAUAAAAAUCGGUUGAAUUUGUUGAUAUUUACCAUCUUAUAUAAAUAAGUGAAUGUUGAUGGUGUUGAAAGCUUUAAAAAUAUCAGGCAAUACAAUACAGUAUUUCAUUUAACCUUGAAACUAUUAAGUUUAAUAUGAGUGUCUUGCCUUUGAUGUAUGAAAAGUUUUACAACUUUUUUGUCUGAUUGCAUAAAGAUUUGCUCAAGAUAUAGUAUAUGGUAUGGAUAUACGAUAUUAUAAUAUACUGUAAAUAAGAUAUAAUUUUAUUAUCUUCACUCUUGUGUCUUGUCGUAGAUUAAUCUCACUAACUUUGGCACUAACCUCUUGAAAAAUCACUCAGAGAAUUUAUAUCUAUCUACUAUUGUUUAAAAAUAGAAACAUCAUGUAUGAUUUUAUAUCAUGAAAUGGCAAGUUGAUUAUUUUCAAUUGAAAUCAUCUUUUUUCUGUAGAAUAAGCAAAUUUAAUCAUUUGUUAAUUUAUCAUACUCAUUGUGAAAUAAGAUAAAUCCACUUCACAUCACAUUUACUGAAAUAUGAAUUUAAAAAAAUUAUUCCAGGAGCCGAUUUUCUUAUUAAUUGCAGUAUUUGCAUGAAUGGUUGGCUCUUGUCGUUUCUUUGCCCUCAUUAGUUGGUAAUUACGAAGUAAACUUGCAUUAUUUUAUCUAUUUCAAAUAUCUAUAAGUGUGCCGUAAUUGUCUCUUAUUCUACAUUUCAAGUAUCAAUGAGCAUGUUAUUCUCACACACAAAUUUUAGCACUUGUUAUCAUUAGUUAAGGAACUUGAAAACAGAUAUUUUAUUAUAAUGAUUUAUUUAACACACUCAUAAACACGAUUGAAAGAUACAAGUGAUGUGCUCUCUAGCACAUCUGAUUGACCUAGCAAGAACAAUACAGUGCUUAGGUCAGCAUUAGCUAGAGGUUUACCAAAUAUGUAAGUCCCCCCCCACCGCAACCCACUAAGUGUGAAGCUGCCCUUAGCUUUUAAAAAAAUGGACAUUAAUCGCAAGUUUAAUAAAUCAAGCAUCAAUAUUACUUGGCAAUUUUGUAUACAUUUUUUUUAGAAAAUUUGUAUACAAAUUUCCUUCCUUGGCUUUAGAAAAUUUGUGCCAAAUUAUUAUAAGAAUGGCUCUUAGUGGAGUCUGAUCAUCAAUAAUAUUGAAUUAUUGAAACGUUAUGUUUGUAGUAUGUAUCUGGUCACAACUAUAUCAGGCAUCUUCCUAUUUCCUAUACAUUUAGUUGAUGAACUAUAAUCUCAUUCUCCCAAAAUACGUUGCUAUAUCCAAACAAAUGAUUUUUGUUAUCUUUUUUUUUAAGUUGAGUUCUUUUGUUAAGAAAAAUAUUAAUAUUUUUGUUUUUGUCAGCACUGUGAAUAAUACAUGUAGUUACAUGUUCUGGAUUAUCAUUUUUUCAAGUUCAGUUCUUUUGUUAAGAAAAAAAUAGUAAUAUGUUUUUUUUGCCAGAACUGUGAAUAAUACAUGUAUUACAUUAAACAAUAAAAAACGAUCAACUA